AUGUCAGUCUACAGCGGCUUUGGGACCAGGCUAUUAGAGAAGAACUACAAUACAUUAGUAGAAUAUUGCUUCGGGUCAUUGGUAAAGAACAUAAUGACUACUUCUGCAUGCCUCGAAGGUGGAUAUGCCUUCGGAGAACUCUUUAGUAAGUAAAAUUCUAAAGGCAUUUACGGUCAUGAAGCAGCUUGAAAGCCAAAAAUAUCUCAAACCUCACUUUUCGAAGUGAAUAGAGCCGAUGAUUAACUAUAUCAACUCACAUCAUGACUUUGGGAAGCCUAAUUCUGGUGAGGCUCAUUCUUCUAAUACUAAGUCAAGCUUCUUUGCGAUCAGCUCGGCUCAUAGAGCGACUUUAGAGACGAUCUCUGCUGAGAAAGAAAGGAUCAGUGUUCCCUCAAUAAAGCCAAAUAAAAUAAAUAAAUUUCUUGAUCCUAACUCACUUGAAAUGAGUGAUAAAUCAGAAAUGAAAAUCAAAUAAUGUUAAUCUAUCUUAUUAUGGCCUUAAGCCGAGAAAUAGCUCUCGAAGGAGCAAGAAGCCAACAAAUAUGGCUAUAAGCCGCAGAAGAAAGACCCAUCUGAGGCUAAAAUAACAUCGAUUUUAUCCAAAACGAACCAAUCAGAAGGCAGCCUUUGACCAAGAAAGUCCUAGAGAAACAUCAGUUGAUUUAAAUCAGACUGUGUUGACCAGAGGCUGAGCUCCUUGAUAGAAGAAUACAACGGAAACCUCGAAAGACUACGGCAGAAAAGAGUUAACAAAACCCCAGAAAAUCAUAACUCUAACCAAAAUACAGGUUAUGCAACUCUAGAACCUCCCAAAACCACAAAUAACACCUCAAAAAACCACAAAAACCCAACUCUCUCCGACUUCCUGGGCUAUCCCGAGCCUGAGGACUCAGACGGCCCACAGCCGCUUCUCGAAAGCUCCAUCUCCCCUAAAGAGACCAAAAGGAGCAAGUCAAACCUUGGAAAUCCUAAAUCCCCUGACUUUGAUCAUCAUGAGAGAUCCAGGGCUGAGCAGACCCAGUCAGCCAGCUCCAAAUGGAGGAAGAGCAACACGCAUGAGAAGAUAAAGCCCAUUAAGCAGGGCCUUAAAGAUUUCAGGUUCAUUAGCGAGUUUAACCCCCGAAAGAGCAUGCUUAAGGUUAAUAAGAUCGACUACAACCUGAAUAAAAUCUAGCUCAA